UGCGCAAAAUCAAAUGGAAAUUCUUUUGUAUCUCAAUGGUUUUUGAACCUGUCAGUUUUGUUAUCAACAUUUUGUUUGUCAUUCUUUAAAAAACUUUAUUUCCUUUUGCAGGUCACAGAGGUUCGAGAUUUUGCGGGUCAGGAAAUUGAAGUUAAGAAGCUUGUUGAUGCAGAGUCAAAAAAGGCUGCUGAAAAGGCCAGAGCUCCUGCACCUUCUGCAGUGGAUGCUGUUCUACAACAAAUUAAGAAGAAACCUACGCUCAAUGUGCUUGACAAGUCGAAAAAGGAUUGGGGAGAAUUUAAGGAAGAGACUAAGGGGCUAGAAGAGGAGUUGGAUGCUUAUAAGAAGAGCUCAAACCAGUAUCUGGACAAGGUGUCCUUCUUGCAACGAGCUGAUUACCGAGAAUUUGAGAGGGAGAGAGAUGCUCGACUAGCUGUACAGGCCAGGAGGAGAACGGAUAUGCGAGAGGAUGAUUUCUAAUUUCAUAAAUUUUUUAUUUUGCUCAGCUAUCGUGAGCAAGUGGAAAUCAGGGGAUUAACCUGGAAUUUUCUUACUCUGUGGUGUGAAGGCUUUUGUCCUCAUGGGGGACCAUUUGUUGAUUAGCUGUAAUGAAUUGGUGAUGCUGUUGAAGUCAGAAAUGGUAUGGGAAAUUACUGUGAAA